AUGGGUGUGUCAAUAUCUGCAGGUGCUCUGCGUGUGUCGCCUGCUCUGCUGGAACGGCACCCAGCUGGUCGUUAUCAGGUCCCCUUCCCCCCCACCCACCCACCUCCUCAAGGUUCAAUUCUCAGUCUCUCGCCGUCUGCCCUCCCUUUGCUCUCUGCAGGUGCUCUGCGUCUGUCGCCUGCUCGUCUGGAACGGCACCCAGUUGGUCGUGCUCUGCGUCUGUCGCCUGCUCUGCUGGAACAGCACCCAGUGCUCUGCGUCUGUCGCCUUCUCUGUUGGAACGGCACCCAGUUGGUCGUUAUCAGGCCACCCCCCACGCCACCAGCACAAACCCCACCUUCUUCUCCUGCUGGUGCUGCUAGUACUGGUGCCGCUGCUGGAGCUGCUGCUGCUGCUGCUGCUGCUGCUGCUGCUGCUGCUGCUGCUGCUGCCAAUGCUGCUGCUGGUAACCCUGUUACUGGCAACGCCAGAGCUGUGUUAAGCAGUAGCAACGGUACCAAUGGCACUGGCAGCGGUUCAAGUGGUAAGAACAAAACGCUACCAGUUGAUAUAAAUGUUGAUGGUACUAGUAAUACCAGGCGUAUACUGAAGCGUGAGUUUGCCACAGAUUGGUUCUGUGACCAAUCGCAGCCCGCCAACUCAGCAGCCGCCCGGAACGAAACCCUAACCGACGGCCCCUUGACCGCACUGGCCUGUGGUAUAUACCCCUUUAACGACGAUCCGUUUGAUAUGAUAGUGAAGCAGUCGCACUACAAGCAGUGGGGGGAGCGGCCUAUGGAGUGGCUCCAGGAGCGGGUAGACAGAGCCUGGUGGCGUCCAGGUUCGACGUAUCUGCAGCUGCUUGACGGUUCAUCCAAUAACGUGGCUCAUUUUCUGGGCAAGGUGCUUCAGAUAUUGCUGGUGAAUGGAGCUGGGAAGAGAAGUGGGGAGGGGGAGAGGGGCAGAUUCGAAGAGAAAGGGAGUUUGUGGGGGGAAGAGCAGAGAAGAUUGGGAUUAGGUUGUCCAAGGGAUGCAACGAGCAGCAGUGGUUUCAGCACGGCAAGCAGAAGCAGUAUCGGCACUGGUUCCUCCAGUAGUGUCCCUGGCCCCACUAACAGCAGCACUGACAGCAUCGCUGAUAGAACGCAUACAACAGCGCACCGAAAGCUCGCAGAAGUGAUCAAGGAAACCCAAACAGACCCCUCCCCAAGAACCCCAUCCCCUCAUGCCCCACGGAAUUCUUCCUCCGCUUUCUCCACCUCCCUCCAAAACACCACCUCCUCUCUUCCCUUCCUCCCUCACGUUGACCGUUUUCUCCUCCCCCGCCACUUCUAUUUCCUCCGGAUAGUCCAAUCCUUCGGUCCGGAAGGUCUCCAUGCCUCCCUGCUGCAGCACCUGCUCGCCGCCGCCCUCCUCCCGGACCUGAUGGAGGAUGCACGAACCUGUGGGCCAGGCUCGGUGAGUCCGGGUGCUGGCCCGGGGUCUGCUUCGGCAGCGGGAUCUGGUGUGGGUGGAGCAGCGGCAGGUUCGGAGGGGUUCAGUGUGGCGACGGGAGGGGAGGAGGGACGGGGAGGUGAGAGAGAGGGAGCGGGAGGAGGAGGCGGAGAAGAAGGGCCGAGAGACAACAGCAGAAUGGGAGAAGCGAGGGAGCGGGGCGAGUGGGAGAAAGAAGUAAUUGAACAACUGCUAAACCGCAGCUUGUUACUAGACAUCAACACGACCAGCCUGGCCGGGGGCAGGGUGGAGUUUGAGCACGUGUGGGACAAGGCAACUGAAGCACAACCUCUGUGCUUCGAGAACGUGGUGCUGCCGGGGAAUCUCGCUGCUAUUCUGUACCCGGGAGGGCAGGAGGUGCAGGCUGCGUUUCUGGAGAGGAUUGACUGGUGGUUGGGGAAAGGGGACGUGGGGAAGGUGGGAGGGGAGGCGGGAGAGGAGGGACGGAGAGGGGUGGUUGAAGGGAAGGGAGAGCAGGCAAGAGAAGGGCACGGGGAGGAGGGAAAAGGGGAGGGACAGGUGGGGAGGUUGGGGCGAGGGGGAUGGAGUGCUUGGGAUAGGGGAAGGACGGGAGCAGGAGUGAGCCUGGGGCUGCAGCCAGCAGGGAAUGAGAAGAUUCGCCUGCUGUAUCUGCAGCGAACUGCUUCGGCCAAUCAGGGGCGGCGUGCCUUGGACCACACGUCCCAUGUGGCGCUGGUGAACCUCUUUUCCCGCCUGAAUUUCGACGUGCGGGCGGCAGAUCUCGGGCGGCUGGGCUUUAAGGAGCAGUAUGCGGCGGUGCGGAGUGCCGAUGUCAUUGUGGCGGUGCAUGGGGCGGCCCUGGCGCCCACCUGUGCGUUCCUGAGGGGGGUGCCCCCUGUUGUGCUGUUGGGGAAUGAAACAGGCUCAGUGGUGGUGGAGAUAGUCCCGUUUGGCACGCAGCCUACUCUUUAUCAAAUCAUGGCUGUGGCAAGUGGAGCGACGUACAUUCAGCACCAAUGCCAUGCCGCUCGAACGUUCCCCCGGGACGAGGAAUUCAAACUUUUGACUGCCCGGGAUUGCGACCGGAACGCGAGUUGUAAGAAUUAUCGCAUUCACGAGCGUCUGGUCGAGCUUUCCCAAUUAGACUUGAAGGAAAUCGGUCAUGCGUUGAAGCUGGCACGAGAAAUUGCUGGGAAAGCGAGGGGCGGUGUGGUUGAGGCAGCGGAGGGAUUAAGGGAGAGGGUGAAGGAAGGAUUAUGUAGGCAGUGCGGUAAUGGUACUUGGCCUGCCCCUGGGGAGCCUUUGGAGAACGGAUAG